GCCACCCUUUGAGCCAAAAGUACUAGAAUCAGCUGUGCACACUGGUGCAAAACUGGGCAGAAGUUCAACAAACUCGGCACUGCUGAUGAAGCAAAAACACAUUUUGUUUGGUUGCAAUAAGCAAAUUAAAUAAUAUAAGUGAAAACCACUUAACUUAAUGUGGGGAAUAAGAAUUCAAUACGUAUUCCCUGUAUUUGAUCACCACGUGCAAGGUGCCAUUGAGAUUAGCUGGAUUAAUGCUCGCCAAACUAAUUAAUCGCUGUGCGCAACGUUUAAUCCAACAACAAAUACGUUUCUCUGCAUUCUCAACCCGCUCCCAACGCAAAUCCUUCGACAUGGAUAAAGUUUAUCUCCGCAAUGCCCAAGACACGCAGGAACUUCACAUCACUUUUCGUUAUGCUAACGAAGCGCUCAAAGUUGAUCGUGACUUUAAUUUCUGUCGCCGCAUGGACGAAUGCAUCGAUGAGGCCUUGAUCCGGAUACGCAAUAACAUUGAGAAGGAGGUGAACAAACGCAGCAAAAAGAAAUCCAAGAAAUCUGAGGAAGCAGUGCCAACUGCUCCACAGACUCAAGAGGAGAUUGUGGUUGCAGUGCAUCGCAAGGAUUGCGUGGAGAGCAUUGCUGGCAUUACAUUCAACGAACUGUUGUCGGACAUAUCGCAAGGACUUGAGCUGCGUGUGAUAGACAAGUCACUGGACAUUGUGUUCAAUCAGCCAUGGGUUGCUGGUCUUCAAUUACCCAGCUCCAUAAUGGCUGGGUUUCUCGUGUAUCCCCUCAAGCUGCAACUGCAGUUUGCCACGCGACAGCAUUCCAAAGCACAAUGGUACAAGACGCUGAAGCCCAACUCGACUAAAGCGGAGUGGACACCUUGCAGCGAGGGAUUGAUUUACCAGCUGACUGAGGAAGACAUUGAUUACUAUCUAAAGCUGGUGGUGACACCUGGCAAUGAACAUGGCGUCUAUGGGCCACCUGUUGAGUACGUAACCACAUCCCCUGUGCAGGCAGGACCACAAAAUUGUCCCUACGAACUACGCCAGCAAUAUACUAAAAAGCCACUCAGCAAUCCUGCAGAGAUUCGUGUGGUCAGCUACAAUCUGCUGGCAGAUUUGUAUGCGGAUGGCGACUAUGCGCGGAAGACGCUCUUUCCCUAUUGUGCGCCAGCAAACUUGAAGAUUGAUUAUCGCAAGCAGCUAUUCAUCAAGGAAUUAAUUGGCUACAAUGCGGAUUUGUUGUGUCUGCAGGAGGUGGACAUUAAGAUCUUUGAUUACGAUUUGCAGCCAGUGCUUGCCGAAGAUUUCCAAGGCAUCAUGACACCCAAAGGCAAAGUGGCCGAGGGCAUCGCUUUGUUCUAUCGCACAUCACGGUUUGAAUUGUUAAACACUUAUGUUCUGCACUUGGGUGACAACAUCAGCAGUCUGCCCAUCUUUGCACCGCUCUGGCAGAAGAUUAAGCAUAACGAGCAGUUGGCGAGUCGCAUCUGUGAUCGAUCCACAACGCUGCAGUUGUGUUUGUUCCAGCUGAAGGGAACUAAACGUUAUGUGAUGGUCGCGAAUACACAUUUGUAUUUCCAUCCCGAUGCCGAUCACAUCCGUUUACUGCAGAUUGGAUUCUCGCUGAUCUUUGUGGAACACAUCUACAAGCAGGCCAUCAAAGAGCACGGCAUAACAGAUCCCCAAAAUAUUGGUCUCAUAUUUUGUGGCGAUUUUAAUAGCGUGCCUGAAUGCGGCAUUUAUAAAUUGAUGACGGAACAGUUUGUCGAUAGCAACUUUGUGGACUGGAGCAGCAAUCAGGAGGAGGCGGUCAAGGAUGUGGAGUUGCGACAAUCAUUUAAAAUGGUCUCGGCCUGCGGCACGCCAGAGUUUACCAACUACACAACGCUCUUCGCAGCCUGCUUGGAUUAUAUAUUCUACCAAAGCGACUCCUUUGACUUGCUGCAAUCGGUGCCGCUGCCAUCGGUCGAGGAGCUGAGUGCCAAUGAAGCUAUACCUUCGGUUACUUUUCCAUCAGAUCAUGUUUCACUGGUGGCUGAUCUUAAAUUUAAGUCAAGCAAUUGAUUGCUAACUUUGUCGCAAUUUUACUUAACUCUCACAAUGCACAAAUAUAUAGAAAAUAUAAUUCUA